CGCCGGGACCCGGGUGUUUGUGUAAUCUUGUGCGAGUCGCGGAAAGAUGGCUGUGUCAAUGGAGCACGUUGGAGGAACCCGGCCUGUUAAAUCCGCCGAAACUUAAAGAGCUGUUCUCAUUUUUUAACACGUCUUGGACUUGUGGGGGGAAACCACAACUGAGCGAGUUGUCCGCCGGAGCUGUUUCAGACUGUGGCGCUUUCUCCUCUUCUUUUGUGGCGGAUGUUGUUGUUCGUUUCAAGGGGGAUCGCGAUCGAGACAGGACGUGGAGAGUGAGGCUAGCAGGGUAGGCAGGCUUGCUCGACGGACGCUCUCUCUUUGGGGGAUGUUCUCCGUACUUUCCUAUGGAAGACUGGUUGCCAGGGCUGUCCUCGGCGGACUUUCCCAAACAGAUAGCCGGGAUUACAGCCUGGUGACAGCGAGCUGUGGAUUCGGAAAAGAUUUCCGCAAGGGGAUUUUGAAGAAAGGGAUGUGUUACGGUGAUGACGCCUGCUUCAUAGCUCGCCAUAGAUCCGCCGAUGUCUUGGGCGUGGCGGAUGGCGUGGGCGGCUGGCGGGAUUACGGGGUAGACCCCUCGCAGUUCUCCGGCACCCUGAUGAGGACGUGCGAGCGGCUGGUGAAGGAGGGACGCUUCGUGCCCAGCAACCCAGUGGGCAUCCUCACCACCAGUUACUAUGAGCUCCUGCAGAACAAAGUCCCGCUGCUGGGCAGCAGCACGGCCUGCAUUGUGGUGCUGGACCGGCAGAGCCACCGGCUGCACACGGCCAACCUGGGCGACUCGGGCUUCCUGGUGGUACGCGGCGGGGAGGUGGUGCACCGGUCCGACGAGCAGCAGCACUACUUCAACACGCCCUUCCAGCUGUCCAUUGCGCCCCCCGAGGCGGAGGGCGUGGUCCUCAGUGACAGCCCCGAAGCGGCGGACAGCUCCUCCUUUGAUGUCCAGCUGGGUGAUAUCAUCCUGACCGCCACGGACGGCCUCUUCGACAACAUGCCGGACUACAUGAUCCUGCAAGAACUCAAAAAGCUCAAGAACACCAACUAUGAGAGCAUACAGCAGACGGCCAGAAGCAUUGCAGAGCAGGCCCACGUCCUGGCCUAUGAUCCCAACUACAUGUCACCUUUUGCACAGUUUGCGUGUGACAAUGGACUGAAUGUAAGAGGGGGAAAGCCAGAUGACAUCACAGUUCUACUGUCGAUUGUGGCGGAGUACACAGACUAGCGUUUGUGUUGGGGGGGACUGUUCCGACUGCUGUCUUCCUCCUGUGUACUGUCUGUCUCCUGCUGGCAGGACUGGGGACUUUACUCCUUUUGCAGCUAAGCCACGCCCCCUCUUCCCAUGCCCCUCCCCCAUCCACCCCCGACCCCUCCUGUCCAGUCAUUCCACUUGGCCUCCAGCCCCUCCUCCAUUUUCCCCCUCCCCUUCUGGUUAGGCUCCAAGUGCUCACUGUAGCUACUGUCAGCUCUGUCCCAUAUAAAAAGGAGAUUAGAGCGGGGCCUAAUUUUUUUUUUCCUUCAUUUUUUAAGCCAUAAAUCUGAAAUGGAACGAGAGGGAGGGGAAAAAAAAUCCGGUUGACACAUUUCACAUCCUGAUGUCACUGUGUGUGUCAGUUUGCCGUUUGAGCUUGGCGUGGCGCUGUGUCUCCCGCCUCAAUGGCCCGAGAGCUUUACCUGUGGAGACAGGUGAGACGUUGGGAGCAAACCCACCUAUGUCUCCUCUACAUUAACACUUUUAAGCUUUUAUGUCCCUCAACAGAGCAGUCCUAUGUUUACUUGGGUGUUGGGGGGAGGGGGGAAGGUGACUGGGGAGUGAGGGUUUUGGAGUGGAAGUUCUGGAGAUAGUCGAUUAAAGUGGUGAUGUUAGCUGUCCGGAUAAAAAGGUGUCACGUCUAAGAAUCGUCUUGGUUCCCUUGGGUGCGCUAAAACAUUCUCGUGGUGUGACUGCCAGGUCUCCGCUGGGUCUAAAAGUGGAAACCUUGGGGCACGGGCGUGGGCAAGAAGGACAGAUUUGGGAUAAGUAGCUCGGAUGUGCGUACAAGGCUAGCCUGUGGGGGGAAAUGGCAUUAAGGGAGAAGAUGUGGAAAGAGCCACAAGACAAGGUCACUUUAAGUGUAAUUAAAUUAGGAAAAUAUUUAAUGGCAAUAGUUAUGCAAGUCUGAAAGGGAGCCUCGGCUUGGCAGACUAUGUUUCUAUAGAGGUGGAACAUGGUAGAGGAUAGGGGACUUAUGUUUAUGUAUGAUUGGAUUUUUUUUUUUUUAAGUAUUUUAUUUUAGUUGAUCUUUGGUAAAUGGACUGUAUGUAAAUAUAUUUUUAUUAAAAUUGUCACGUUUGUCAGUUAUGAACUUAUGGGAUUUAUGAAGAGAGAAGGAUUGAGGGGAAAAACCGAGUCGUUGCCACAGGAAAUAGGUUUGAGGUCUGGAGCAGACUCUGCCCCCGGUGGAAGGGGACUGUUUUAAACUGAGGCUCUGCGGGGUCACGUCUGUGGUGACUUAAUCCUUAAUCCCCCUCCACUCUCCCCACCUGUUGGAAUGAGCAGCGGUGUACACACAGCUUUGCAUGACUGAGAGCGAGGAGGGUUUAGCCCUCAGGUCGGAGAAUCCUCCAGCCCAGCUCUACAAGCUGUGUGUCAAAUGCACCUGUGUGUAUGUUUGUCUGUGUGUGUGUGUGUCUGUGUGUGUGUGUCUGUGUGUGUGGGCUCUGUGUCUGUUGCAGAGGAUUUUUUUAUAACCCUUUGAGAAAAGUAUACUAUUAACGCACAAAAAAUAAUGCUAGCAUCUGUGAAUGCUUAGAGUGGAGAUGUGAUCGGUCAGAUAUGAAUAAUAAAGGUUUAUUUUUAUAUAUAUUUUUUGUGGGGGGGGGUUUGUGUCCUCACUUGGCUCAUCCAGCUUUCAUUUUAUCAUACAGUUGAUCCCUGGUUUGAAAAAGUCUAAAGCCAUCUUUAAAAUACGUAGGCCUCUAUUUAAAUCAGGUUAGUUGCCUGUGAAAGGUUGUUAAACACUUGUAGAAAUUCAGUCUCUCACGGCAGACGUCAGGUUUUUUUUCUGUAGAUUUGUACUGUGUAUUUGCAUAACUUUAAUGUGCAGCUUCUGUUUUAUAAUUAAAUCAAAGUCAACUUUUACAUGUACUGUGUACAUGACAUUUUUAUUGUGUUAUUUAAAAUUCUCAUCUGGAUUUUACAAAGCAUUAUUUAAGUUUCCUUUUUUUCCAAUUUCUGAAAGCAAGAAUGUUUUAUUUCAUUGAAGAGACUACACCUGUGAUGGUUUUAGUGUGAUUGUCUGUCAUUAUCCCUCAAGCCUAACUCUGCUGCCCGUGUGCAAAGGUCUUAACUUGCCAUUAAAUCAGAAGAGCAUAACCAUUGUAACAUCCUGCCAUGUGGAGUCACAUAACCCUGACAGCUUUUUUUUUUUUCUCCUCCUUGUAAGCCCUGCUGUCUGAGGGCAUAUAGUGGCUGCUUCAUCUGAGCAGAGAGAGACAGACCUUGUAUCUGUGGCGCUCAAGUUUCUCUGCAAGAGAAAUUACUAUUAACAAAUUGCCAUAAAAGAAAUAUAUGGAGCGAGCGUGGUUAUGUGAGACUGCGUGGCAUUCCUCUGGGUCGUCGCUGCCGUUGGGAGCAGCGACAGUGCCAGACAGGGGGCCGCAGGGACAACCGGGUGACAAUCAAAUGCAUUUCACACCUCAGCUCUGCUGCUUCCACCCCGUGUGUCAUUUAUAAAAGCGGGUGCACCAAAGACAUGCUUCCUUGUAUCUUAAUUAUAAAGCAAUACUGUGAUUUACGAAAUACAAAAAAUAAAAUAAAAAAAUAAAAAUAAAGCUUUGCA